AAGAAGAAAAGGUUGUGCUGGGGCAUGGUUGAGGAGCAGAGGAAGUAAAGGUGGAUGGGAUUAAACUGAAGCAGAGGUACUGCGGAGCACAGAGCAAACACAUGACUAAAUAGGUCAGGGUAGUCUGGGAAGGCGGGGGAAGGGAGCGUGGUGAUGGGGAAAACACAGCGCCACAGAUCAACUACAAUUCCCAGGAAGCACUGUGCGCCCGUUGACGGAAGUGAGGUGAGGCGCGAGCCGCAACCUUUGAGGGAAAGAGGAAGUGCUCGGGCGUCGCAGGGCCGGAGGCGCGGGGAUAGAAGGGGCACCAUGUCCGCGGAAGUCCCAGAGGCAGCGUCGGUGGAGGAGCAAAAGGAAAUGGAAGAUAAAGUAACUAGUCCAGAGAAAGCUGAAGAAGCAAAAUUAAAAGCAAGGUAUCCUCAUUUGGGACAAAAGCCUGGAGGUUCUGAUUUUUUAAGGAAAAGAUUGCAGAAAGGGCAAAAGUAUUUUGAUUCUGGGGACUACAACAUGGCAAAAGCAAAGAUGAAGAAUAAGCAGCUUCCUGCUGCAGCCCCGGAUAAGACAGAGGUCACUGGUGACCACAUUCCCACUCCACAGGACCUCCCUCAGCGAAAACCAUCCCUGGUUGCUAGCAAGCUGGCUGGCUGAUUAAAAAAGCUGAACUGCAUGAGUCUUCUAAUGUCCUUUAUUUCUCCUUACUACCUUACUGACCCACUUGUGUUCCUUUCACUCACUCUGUUUGCGACUGACAGCUUUGCAGGUAGUGGUAGUGUGUGUUCCUGUUGUAAGGGAGCAUACAUGUGUAGAGGUUUUGGUUAGUUUCACAGUGCACUGAUGCAAAGGACAUGUAACAGCAACAUAAGUAAAUGACGUGACAAUAAUUGUACAUAUUACCUAGCUGGUGUAGGCUGGCUCCAACAAGUAGCAGGGGUUACAGCUUUAAUGCGCUGGCUUUCUUUCCUUCCUCAUAGUUACAGCUUUGUAUGUUACUCCUAUUUAAUAGAACCUCUGUUGUAUUGAUUUCUUCUGUAUCUUCCUUUUGAACUUUGUAAGACAGAAGUUUAAGACCACAAGUUGGAAGACAAGUCACAUAAUCCAAACACAAGUUAAUGGGCUGCAAAAGAUUUGAGUAACUGCUUGGACUUGACGGCCUUAAACCUGCUGUUCCAGCUUUACCAAGAGCAUCUUACCUGGGCGAUAUUUGCCCGUUCUGGUGUGACUUGUGUGACUCCAGUGCUUACCAGCUGUCACUGAAGCUAGUGCUCUUCCUCGUUCUGCAGUGUGUGGGGACAGCUUUCUUUGUUGAAGACGUGAAUGGGUGUGCAUGUGCACUGACUAUUGCAUUCACUUUUGUGCCAUUUUUGUAAAUAUAAUAGUUUUGCACAACCUUUUACAAAUGUCUGUAUUAAUUUCACCAUAUUAGAAAGUAGACAGUGUGCCAACCAGAAGCACAAGAAUUCCUACACAAAUCUGCCUGCCAUUACUGCUUUUACAUAAGAAUAGUUUACAAUCUUGAGCUUAUUAGAAUACCAAACUGAAAUAUACUCAACCUGCUACAGAGUUAAGCUUUUUCACUUGUUACUAAUGUUCAUGACUUUCAGUGGCCUUGUACAAAUAUGAUAUGUUGCUUAGGCAUAUCUUUUGUUCUAUGCAGAACAUUUCAUUUUGACUUACAAAAAAUUUACAAUUCAUAUAAUUUAUAUAAACUUUGUUUCCUUCCACACUCAGCUUCGGGGAUGCUAAAGUAUACCACUUGCAUUAUCUGUCUUCUGUUGUCUUCUCAGCCCACCUCUCCUCCUACUUUGCUUCUGUGACUCGUAUUGGGUUAUCUCAUUUAUAUAAAAGCGUAUGUGUCUAUCUUUACUUUUUAAACUUGCUUAAAUAAAAGAACUUUUGUGAGGGUUUUUUGUUAUGCUGAGAAUUAAACCACUGUCUCACAUGUGCUUAGCAAGCACAGUACCACAGAACUACACUGUUAUUCCUAAGGGAACUUUAUAAUGAAGCAAGGAGUUGAAAAGAUUUAUCUAGAAUAAGCUGAAUUCUGUUAAAUAAUUUUAAAUAAUUAGCAUGAACUAAGAGAAUAGGGCUAAUAAUUACAAUGGUUUAUGUGAUAGGUAAAACAUUCAUUAAAACAUUUAGGUAUCUCC